AUGCUAGGUGUCUUCUUUGGUGGUAUUGAAGAUAAUAUGGCCUGUCCUAACUUUGUUGCCUUCCACAUUAAGUCGGUCAAGCUGAUGUGGCCAACGGUUGAGAUCGAAAGAGCCAAUUGGAAUCUACCAAGUCGCUUCGAUCUAGAGAUUAGGAAGAACAUAAGCCACAAGUUGAAGCAAAUGGUGGGUCCAUAUUAAGGUGAAUAAGGUUAAGUUAAAUCAACAUCACCUGGUCUGUUUAUACAAGUCCAAUUUGCAUAUGAUCACCAUCAUAUUCA